AUGCUGAUACCCGGUGUGUGCGAGAACUGGGCUUUGGUCACGAUGCAGGAGCUUAUCGCCUGUGUGGAUCAUAUUCGCUUCGACCUGGAGCUGGCUGUGGAGCAGCAGCUGGGGGCACAGCCGCUCCCGUUCCCGGGCAUGGACAAGUCCGGGGCAGCUGUGUGCGAGUUUUUCUUAAAAGCGGCCUGCGUCAAAGGUGGGGGUAUGUGUCCUUUUCGGCACAUAAGUGGGGAGAAGACGGUAGUGUGCAAGCACUGGUUACGAGGGCUCUGUAAGAAAGGUGACCAGUGUGAGUUCCUGCAUGAAUAUGACAUGACCAAAAUGCCAGAGUGUUACUUCUACUCCAAGUUUGGCGAGUGCAGUAACAAGGAGUGUCCAUUUUUACACAUUGACCCAGAAUCAAAGAUAAAAGACUGCCCUUGGUAUGAUCGAGGCUUCUGUAAACAUGGCCCUCUGUGCAGGCAUCGGCAUACACGUAGAGUUAUCUGUGUUAACUAUCUGGUGGGAUUUUGUCUGGAGGGCCCAAACUGUAAAUUUAUGCACCCACGGUUUGAAUUGCCUAUGGGAGCAACUGAACAGCCUCCUCUACCUCAACAAACGCAGACCCAGCAAAAGCAAAAUAAUAACCAGCCGACGCAGAGAUCAUCUUCACUCAUCCAGUUAACAAGUCAGAGCUCACCUAUUUCCCAGCAACGCUCUCCACAGACUAUUGGUGUCAUGCAGUCACAGAACAACAAUAUAGGAAAUCGGGGACCUAGACCACUUGAUCAGGUCACAUGCUAUAAGUGCGGUGAGAAAGGACAUUAUGCCAACAGAUGUACAAAAGGCCAUUUGGCAUUCCUGAGUGGCCAGUGAUGGAAGUCCUAUAUGUGUGGAUCCGGUUCUUUAAGGAAUGAAGAUGUUGGUUUUUUUUACUUGGAUAAACACAAGGACACUGGGCUUUAUUUUUUUAUACAUAUAAUUUUAACUAUUCUUUAAAUUGCAGGGUUUUUUUGUGCUAUUCUGUAAACUAGGCCAACCUUCUACCUAUUGCUCGCUCUGAACUUCUGAAGAAAAUUCUCCCUUGUUCAGUUUCCAAAAUAUAUUUUGGCAAUGAAUUUUUUUAAAUAAACCGUGUACAUUUGUUCUGUA